GCUAUGGAGAUCCCCACCAUUGAUUUCAAUCAGCUCAAUGGAGACAAUAGGGCCAAAACCCUCUCCCUCCUCCAUGAAGCUUGCCAGAAUUGGGGCUUCUUUAUGGUAGAGAACCAUGGGAUUGAAGAGGAAGUGUUGGAGAAAGUGAAGGAACUGGUGAACAGACAUUAUGAUGAGAACAUGAAGGAAAGCUUUUACAGUUCAGAAGUGGCCAAAAACUUGGGCAAAAUGCCAUUAUCUGACGUGGAUUGGGAAAGCACCUUCUUCAUUUGCCAUCGUCCAAAAUCUAAUAUCUCCCAAAUUACCAACAUCUCCCAACAUUUAUGCGAAGCAAUGGAAGAAGACUACAUACCUCAACUCAUCAAGAUUGCAGAGACGCUCGCGGAGCUGAUGUGCGAGAAUCUGGGCCUGGAGAAGGCCCACAUAAAGCAAUUAUUCUCCGGAACCAACGGCCCAUCAGUGGGAACGAAAGUCGCGAAAUACCCGGAAUGCCCCCGGCCGGAGCUGGUGAGAGGCCUCCGCGAACACACCGACGCCGGCGGGAUCAUUCUUCUCCUCCAAGACGACCAAGUUCCGGGGCUCGAGUUCCAAAACGACGGCGUGUGGUUGAAGAUUCCGCCGUCGAAGAAGAACGCCAUAUUCGUGAACAUCGGUGACCAAAUCGAGGUUGUGAGCAAUGGGAGAUACAAGAGCAUUCUGCACCGCGUGUUGGCGGAGAAGGAGGGAAGCAGAAUCUCGAUUGCUACGUUCUAUAAUCCGGCAACGGAUGCCGUGAUUUCUCCGGCGCCGGAGCUUCUGUACCCGGGGGAGUACCGGUUUGAGGAUUAUCUCAAGUUUUAUAACACCACGAAGUUCGGGGAUAAAGGGAGGAGAUUUCAAUCGAUGAAGAAAAUGUGAACCUGCUCAGAUCACUCUAUGCUUUUGUCCAAUUUUAACUUUUAAUAGUCGAAGAAGAAAUUACAUGAUUGUUGUAAUAUUUAUCUUAAACCUUAAGAAGUAAUUUUUUUUUUUUAAUUCGAUAGGCUUUCAGAUCGGCAAGGAAGAAGUCAACUUGGAUUGGCUAUUAGUAUGACAGCUCCCUCUUUUGGAAGCUUUCUAAGGUACACGUAAAAAUUAUGGAUUAUGGUACC